AUGCAUUCUUCGACUUUGCUCACUCUCCUUGCGACGGGAACUACCUCCCUAGCCUACACUAUCCCCGCCAAUCUUCAAGCAAUCUACAAUGCCCAUAAGGCGGGAACUUGCUCCAAGCCCCUUUCUGGAACUUCUUCUUCUGGGGCUGUCUUUUGCGCAGAUAUUCCAAACGCCAUUUUUCUCAAGGGAAGCAAUGGAAACUAUGAUAACAUGGACGUCGACUGUGAUGGUGCCGAUGAUAAGGCCGGUGAUUGCUCCAAUGACCCUACUGGAUAUGGCGAGACAGCGUUCAAGGACACUGUGCAGACAUAUGGUAUUUCCGAUUUGAACGCCAACAUUCACCCGUAUGUUGUUGUUAACGAGCCGCCUUAUUUCGAUGCCGAGCACUACGGCUUGAAACCAUUGAGUGUCAUGGCGGUUGUUUGCAACAACCAGGUGUGGUACGGUAUCUGGGGUGAUACCAACACCGAGCCAACUACCGGAGAGGCAUCUAUUUCACUUGCCCAGUUGUGCUUCCCCAACGAGGGUCUUAACGGUGAUUUUGGACACGGUACUAAAGAUGUGUUAUAUAUCGGAUUCCUCGGCGAUAAUACUGUUCCGGGCAAGACUGGUGCCAAGUGGAACGCGAAAAAUGUUUCGGAUUUUGAAGCUAGCAUCAAGGCAAUGGGGGAUAGGCUCGUUCAAGGUCUUGGUAGCAACAACGGCGGCGGCGGUACUAACCCUCCCCCUCCUACAUGCUCUUGGGCAGGCCACUGCAUCGGUGCUUCUUGCGGCUCUGAUGAUGACUGCUCUGACGACUAUGUCUGCUCUAGCGGCAAGUGUGCUGCUAACGGCAGCGGUGGCACUACCCCUCCCCCUCCCCCUCCUACAUGCUCUUGGGCGGGCCACUGCAUUGGUGCCUCUUGUGGCUCUGAUGAUGACUGCUCCGAUGAUUAUGUCUGCAAGAGUGCUACACAAAAUUGUAUAUAA